UUGACAGUAAAGCACGUCUAGAUUAGUUGGAACGCAAAACAUGUACGAAAACUAUUGAAGAUUGAACAACAAAAAUACACAUAUAAACCGUAAAGAUUUUCAAGUUAAAAAAAAAAUGUAAAAAAGAGAACAAGCACACAAAAAUAUAUGUAAAAAAGAUCAUGAAUAAAAAAAAAUGUAUUAAAAUUUAAGUGAAAGUGAAUGCAAUUGAAAUUGAAAGUUUAUGAAACAAGAAAAAAAUAAAGAAAAGUUUUGCCUGUAAGUAAUAAAAAAGAACAACAAUAGCUAAAGAGAGAAGGCAACAGCGAAAAAGCAAAUAAAUCAUUAAAAAAAAAACACACAAUAUAAACAGCAGCCUCAUUAGCCGCCAUGGAAAUAUUUACUAUUUGAGUGCUUAGUAAUAAAAUUUUUUUAUAUUUAAAAAAAAUAUAAAAAAACAUUAACAAAAUGCUUAAAACUGUAGGCAUACAAGUGGCCUACAGUUUAGUAAUAAUAAUAGUUAUGGUCUUCUAUACAACACCCGUCAAGUGUAAACGAAAAGAAAUGAUGGCCGGCCGUUUAGAGAAUGUUACACAGACAAUAUCGAAGAUAUUGAAAGGUUAUGAUAUACGAUUAAGGCCGAAUUUUGGAGCUGAUCCUUUACAUGUGGGUAUGGACUUGACAAUUGCUAGUUUUGAUGCGAUAUCAGAAGUUAAUAUGGACUAUACCAUAACCAUGUAUUUGAAUCAGUAUUGGCGUGAUGAACGUUUGGCAUUUAAUGCUUAUGGCCCAUAUUAUGAUGAUGACGCUGACGAUGAUGGUGUCAAUGAUGUUCUAACGCUGUCGGGAGAUUUUGCGGAAAAGAUAUGGGUACCGGAUACAUUUUUUGCAAAUGACAAAAACAGUUUUUUACACGAUGUAACGGAACGCAACAAACUGGUACGUUUGGGCGGUGAUGGCUCCGUAACGUAUGGUAUGCGUUUUACCACCACUUUAGCCUGUAUGAUGGAUUUGCAUUACUAUCCAUUAGAUUCACAAAAUUGCACGGUGGAAAUUGAAAGUUACGGCUACACCGUUAGCGAUGUGGUAAUGUAUUGGAAACCUACACCUGUGCGGGGUGUAGAAGAUGCUGAGCUGCCGCAAUUUACUAUAAUUGGUUAUGAGACCAAUGAUCGCAAAGAACGCUUAGCGACGGGUAUUUAUCAGCGUUUGUCGUUAUCAUUUAAGUUGCAGCGUAAUAUUGGUUAUUUUAUUUUUCAAACAUAUCUACCGAGCAUUUUAAUUGUAAUGCUGUCUUGGGUUUCGUUUUGGAUUAAUCACGAAGCAACUAGUGCUCGUGUUGCAUUAGGUAUCACCACUGUUCUUACAAUGACUACCAUAAGUACUGGUGUACGGAGUUCCUUACCAAGGAUAUCAUAUGUUAAAGCCAUAGAUAUUUAUCUGGUCAUGUGUUUUGUGUUCGUAUUUGCUGCUCUCUUAGAAUAUGCAGCCGUCAAUUAUACCUAUUGGGGUAAAAGAGCCAAGAAGAAAGUGAAAAAGAGUAAAGAUGGCGAUAGUAAAAGAUCAGGGAAACCUGAUAAAUCCGAAACCUGUUCAACUGCCGAAGAUAUUAUUGAAUUACAAGAUGUGCGCAUGAGUCCUAUACCAUCAUUGCGCAAGGGUAACUAUAAUACAACAUUUAAUCAAGUGGGUGCCGAAACUUUGGAUUUAGCUAAAUUUCCACCGAGUUUUAGAAUUGCACGUAACUAUGGUACCACAAGUCGUUCAAAUUUACGCUAUAGAGGUCAAAGGGGCAACAAACCUCGUGUCUUACAUGCCAUCAAAAAGGGUGCAUCUGCCAUUAAAGCCACCAUACCCAAAAUCAAAGAUGUCAAUAUUAUUGAUAAAUAUUCACGUAUGGUAUUUCCUGUUAGCUUUCUAGCCUUUAACUUGGGCUAUUGGCUAUUUUAUAUUUUAGAAUGAUAGCAAAUUAUGACACUUCACACUUCCGAUUAGAGGUCAGGUUUAUAGAGCAUUCAAAAAACAACAAAAUUUGCAUAUGAACACCUUAUCCUGCAACCCGAUCCUAUGAAAUCAUUAUAGUGUGUAGUGUUGACCACAAACAAAUUUUUCAUAUAACAAAAACUAGACAGUGGAGAAGAAAAUGAGCGAAAAAAUAUUUGAAAAUAAAAUAAAUUAAAGCUAAAGAUCUGGAAAUCCAUUACGGCAUGUUUUUAGCCAGAAUUAAACAUUAUCUCAAGUCUUACAGCAUUAGACAAAAGUAGGACUAUGUCCAUGAUUUAAGCCCUUUAAUUUUGUUUGAAUUAAAGGUAACAUCAAUUAGAAUUUUCAGUUCCUUGUUUUCUUUACUGAGAUUUAAACUCUAUUUGAUAGAGAAUUAAAAUCAUAUCAAUUACAUAAAAGAAUUUGAAAUAUUUGACUUGAAAAACAAAUUAGUUCAAGGUAAGGAAUGUUAAAAACUGCAAUUAACAUAGAAUUUUAAGAAACAUACUUAACAAACAUUAAAAACUUUUUCGUUUUUUACAAACCUAUAACUUUUUGUCGAAAAUUUUCAAAUAAUUUUCAAAAUAUGUUCUCAUUACAAAUAUAAAACAGGAUCUAUCUUGCUAGCUCAACUGGAGGCUUACUUUCUAAAUAACAUUCACAAAAGUUGGCUUAUGAUCCUGUACAAAUUACAGAACAAAAAGUCCUUAUACAAGCAGAACAGUAUAUUCAUUUCAAUUUAAAGUUAACAUUUGUUAAACAAAGCAGAUUUUAAUCAAAAUUACUCAAAAUUUUAAACAAAUAUUUGCUAAAAUUUUAUGCAACUUAAAAUCAAAGCAAACAAAAGCAAAAUUUAUUAAUAAAUGUAAAUUAAAAAUCUAAUAAAAUCAAAAA